GGAAAGCAGGAGUCAGGUAAGCUUACUUCAGUUCACGAGUGAAUCACGACCUUCGUAACUCUAGCUCACUACUCGUCGCCGUUUGCGAGGAUGAAGCCGAACCAGCACAUUUUAUUUUUUCAACUACUGUGCAAUAAAGCGUUGGUCGAAAAUAAGUAUAUAAGGUGCUGAGGCAGAGAGGGAAAGAGGCCACGGCCGGCCGUUCUUCACUACGUGGAAACAGGCUGCACUCGCACAAGCAAGGCGAGGAGGAUUCGCAAUUUGGCGGUACUAUGGAGAAGGCGUCGGCAGGCGGACGGCGGCCUCGCGUGGUGAUGCUGCCAUGGCUCGGCCACAGCCACAUCUUCGCUUUCCUAGAGCUGUCGAGGAAGCUGGUGCAACGAGGCCUUACCGUCUUCUUCUGCUCCACCCCUUCAAACCUUGCUGCCAUCGAAGCCAAGCUGCGUCAAGACGCUUAUGCCCAAAUCAAGCCCAUGGAGAUCCGUCUGCCGCCAACCCCAGGCCUUCCCCCUAACUGUGAGUCCCCCGCCACCCUACCCCACAGCCUCAUUCCUUUGCUCUCAAAGACCUUCGAUUCUUUGGGGCCCGCCUUCCUGGAGCUCCUUCGUGACGUCGACCCCGACUGCGUGAUCCAUGACGUUCUACCAUGGGCGCCCGCCGCUGCCUCCGAGCUCGGCAUCUUGGCCAUCCCCUUCUUGACCGUCGGCUCCGCGGCCACGUCCUACAUCUUUGGGAAGGCGAAAGGAGGCCAUGACUUCCCGUGGAAACGCCGUCUCCCCGACGCUUGUGCUCUCCUGAAGAUGGACGAAGCUCUUGACGACGCCGAUGGUCGCGUGAGUAUCAAGCAGAGAAUGGCAGAUUGCUUGGACAAGUCCGGCAGCAUUGUCGCUUGCAAGACGCACGUGGAGAUUGAAUCCGGGUUUUUGGAUUACUUAUCGGCGAUGACGAGGAAGAGAGCAAUUCCAGUGGGCCUUCUGCUUCCCGAAGGAGGCGAUGAGCAGUGUCGGCAGGCGGAGUGGCUGGACAGGCAACCGGGGGGCUCGGUUGUCUACGCCGCAUUCGGAUCCGAGUAUUUCAUGACGAAGGAUGAGAUACGAGAGAUUGCGCUGGGGCUGGAGCUCUGCGGCCUGCCCUUCAUUUGGGUGGUGCGCUUUGUCCAUGGUCCGGACGGCGGGGAGGAGAUGAGCUUGGAAGAAUCUUUGCCGAGCGGGUUCCUGGAGAGAGUGACCGGCGGAGGAGGUCGGGGGAUGGUGGUCGGCGGUUGGGCAUCUCAGAUGAAGAUACUGAGCCAUGGAUCCGUCGGUGGCUUCCUCACGCACUGCGGGUGGGGGUCACUGACGGAAGGUAUCGGGAGCGGAGUGCCUCUGAUAGCCUUGCCCUUGCACCUGGAGCAGCCAAUCAAUGCUCAGGUAGCCGCAGGCGAGUUGGGAGUUGGAGUGAUGGUGGAAAGGGAAGAAGAUGGUGGGUUCAAGGGGAACAAGAUAGCCAAGGGCAUCAGAAGGGUGAUGGUGGAGGAAGAGGGCGCGGGAGUCCGGAGAGCUGCCGAGGAGCUGGCCAAGAGGAUCGGUUCUGAGAGGGAUGCGGAUCUUGAAGUGGUGGUGAAUGAAGUCAAGAGUUUCGCAUGCAAAAGGAGGGAACGCGGAGCCAAAGACGGCAAACAAUGAAGGAGAAGGCAUGAUAAGUUAGCCGCUCACUCAUGUAUAAAUGAAGCACCAGAACCAUCUAAAAUAAAGAAACCGUGAACAUCACUAAUAGAUAGAGCUCCAAUGAGCUUAAAACAAAUAUAUAAUCCAUUAAAGAGGCUGGAAAGUGCACGUGAGAGUGUUGUUAAAUGUACGACCCAUAUAGCUCUUUGCCAAAGUAGUUGAAUGGAACAGUCCCAUCUGAUAUUGGAUCGUAGCAUUUAUUAUUAUUAUUACGUGAAUUAGGUAAA